AUGACUAACAUGCCAAGCACGCGAGUACGCUGUCUCGCUUUCACAAACAUAGCACUCCAAAUCUGCUCUCGCUCCCUGGUUGAUUCCCUGACCGACUUCUUCCAGGGAAGUCGGAAAACACUGCAAGCUGAGGCAGAGGAUCAGCUGAGUGAUGCCAACAUAUACAGUAUAAGGCUUCAAAGUAGUGGCGAUGAGUUUACACUCAUCCGUGCCCUUGUUGUGCUUGUUGCAACACGGGCCAUCUGGUGGUUAUUCCGUAUCCUCACCCGCAAGUCGCCUCUGGACAACAUUCCUGGACCAAGCUCGCCUUCAUUUAUAUCUGGGCAUCUCACGCAAUUUUUUGAUCGUCACGGUUAG